AUGGUCCAACAGACGAGGAGUGCCGCUGGGUCAUUUCCUCGGGUAUUCAACUUGUUCGGCACGACCGCCGGGAGAUGCGCCAACUCUCCACUUGGAGGCGACCCUGGUACUCCGCCAGUGUGCCAGUGCGAGUGCCAGUACUGUACCAGUGAUGUUCACAGUGCCAGUGACAGUGCCGGUGCUUAUCCUGGUUUAACGGCUCGGACGGAUCCCCACGAAUGCUUCCCCCAGUCCGCCUCUUCCGCGUUCCGUGUUUUCACCUCCGCUAUAUUGACCACUGCGGAGGCAUUCCGCGGCUAUCCUCACUUCCUCGUGCACUGGAUCUCUAUUUAA